AUGGGGCACUUGUUUUGUAUCAAGACACUAAGACUAAGUAACAACAGAUUUGUGGGAGAGUUGCCUUCACAAUUGAAGAAUUGUACAAAGUUGACACUUUUUGAUCUUGGGGAAAAUAACUUAUCAUGCUCAAUACCUGAAUGGUUAGGAGCUAGUCUUCCAAAUUUGACUAUCUUAAUCCUUCGAGGUAAUCAGUUCUAUGGAAGCAUCCCGCCCCAAUUAUGCCAUCUGACAAACGUUCAAAUUUUGGAUUUGUCGAUGAACAACAUCUCUGGAACUAUACCCAAAUGUCUCAAUUUGACUGUUUUGGCUCAGAAAGGAAAUUCAAGUCGAAUUAUCCAAAAUUCAUAUUCGGCUAAGCUGGGAGAAGUAGGUUAUACUUGGAAUUAUGAGGAGGAAGCAUCUUUAACAUGGAAAGGGGUAAGGUCUAAAUACAAAAGUACUCUGGGACUUGUAAAGAGCAUUGAUCUCUCAAGCAAUAAGUUGACUGGGGAGAUUCCUAGUGAAAUCACUGAUCUUGUUGGUUUGGUUUCUUUAAACCUGUCGAGAAACCAAUUAACAGGUCAAAUACCUCCAAGAAUUGGAAUGUUGCAGGAGUUAGAUUUCCUUGAUUUAUCAAGAAACCAGAUUAAUGGCAGAAUUCCAAACAGUCUAUCUCGGAUAGAUCGUAUUGGCUACUUGGACUUGUCAGAAAACGACUUGUCUGGUAAAAUUCCAAUAGGCACCCAGCUUCAAAGCUUUGGUCCAUCUUCUUAUGGUGGAAAUCCUCUACUUUGUGGACUACCACUCCUACGGACAUGCGAUGAGGAGGAAGCAGGUCCAGGACAAACUGUGUUGGUGAAUCAACAAGACGAUAAAGAUGGGCUCAUAACGCAAGGAUUUUACAUCAGCUUGGGGCUUGGGUUCCCUGUUGGAUUUUUUGUGGCACUCUUCUAUUCAACAGGUCAUGCAGAUAUACAUACUUCAAUUUCUGGACUUGUUUCACAGAUUGACUAUACGUGAAGGCAGAAAUCAUCAAGCAAAGGAUGCCAAAUACUACAUAAAUGGUAAUUACUACUAUCUCUCUCACAUACUAUUUUUGAAAUGCAUGCAGAUACUACAUAACAUAAUUUUUUUUUUUUUUAAAAGGAAACAUGAACUUUCUUUCUUUUGCUAUAUAAGAGGAACAUGCAUGCAUGAUUUUGUUCACUGGUUAUAAUCAUACUCAGUCAGUCACAGUGACUAAUUUGGUUUAUGUGAUUUAUUUUUUUUCA